AAAAGUUUUCUGAUGAAUGAAAUAUGCAGUUAACUGGAAAAAAUAUUAAUGAUAAUUAAUUAAUUUAUUUUUAUCACAUAUUGUUGAGAAGUAAACACAUGUAAUUCACUGGAAAUAACGCGCGCCAAUAUGUAGUAACAUGGUACAGUUUUAUAGACGAAUAAUUUUUAUUUUUCUUUAUCCAACAAUAGAACUGUUAAAAGAUCUUCGACAUUGUUCGAUAAAGCUCGUUAUUUUUCGGCAGCCGAUGUCUCUCCAAUGAAGAGUAUAUACAUGUGUACAUAUGUAUGUGUAUAUAUAUAUAUAUAUUAUAUGAAUGAAAAAAUAACCAAAUUUAUCUAGCUUAAUGUCAUAGUGUAAUUUAUUUUCAUCAAUUUUGAACUAAUAAAGUUGUGGUUCUUUGAAUUGGUUCUUUGAACUUUUUGAAUUCAUUGCGACAUUUUUUGUUAAAAAAAUCUAUUGAAGCGAUAAAAAACAUUGUGGUAAUUGAAUAAAUUAUUAAAUAGAGCCAUGGCUAUCAUUAGACCCUUUACUUGUGAUGAUCUUUUUAAGUUUAAUAAUGUAAAUCUUGAUCCUCUAACUGAAACUUAUGGACUUUCUUUUUAUAUGCUUUAUUUGGCCCAUUGGCCAGAAUAUGUUCAAGUAGCUGAAUCUCCAAGUGGUGAAAUUAUGGGUUACAUAAUGGGAAAAGCAGAAGGAACUGGAGAAUCAUGGCAUGGGCAUGUAACAGCUUUAACAGUAUCACCUGACUACAGACGAUUGGGUCUUGCUGCAAAAUUAAUGAAAUAUUUGGAGGAUGUCUCAGAAAAGAAACAAGCAUAUUUUGUAGACUUAUUUGUGCGUGUGAGUAAUAAAAUUGCUAUACAAAUGUAUCAACAAUUGGGAUAUAUCGUUUAUCGAACUGUAUUAGAAUAUUAUAAUGGAGAUCCUGAUGAAGAUGCAUACGAUAUGAGAAAGGCAUUGUCUAGAGAUGUUUUAAAACAAUCAGUUAUACCUUUAACUCAUCCAGUUAGACCGGAAGAAGUAGAAUGACAUUCAGAUGAAGAAUAAAAAGUGAAACAAAACAUUUAUUUAUUAAAAAAUAACUACAUAGUUUAUAUCCUCAAUAUUUGAUAUCAUUGUAUAAAGAUUAAAAUAAAAUUUCUAAUUAUAAA